AUGGCCAUGGAGGCUCACGGCAACCGCAAGGUGCUACUGACCCACAUCUACGGCUGGAUCAGGGACAACUUCGCCUACUUCCGAAACAACGACACCACAUGGCAGAAUUCCGUUCGACACAACUUGUCCCUGAACAAACAGUUCAUCAAGGUGCCAAGAGAUCCGAGAGACAAAGGCAAAGGAUCUUACUGGAUGCUGGAUCCCAAAAUGAAAAACCAGUACUGUCUCCGUAGACGGAAUUUUGGUGACUUCACGCCACGAAGAUGUCCAUACCCUGACGUGGUUCGACCUCAGGUGAAUCCUGCCGUUAAGGUGUUUUUGGAGUCGACGCGUGAGGGAACACCUCCAUGCAAGGAAGAGCCUAAAGAUUGCUGUAAAUUUCAGCUGAUCGACAACGUGGAUGACAUAGGAGCGCAGGAAAGCGUCUAUGCGGGUAGCGAGACGAAUCUGUACGACUUUAACGAGAGACUGUUCAAGAAGGAGGUGGAGGAGUACGACACCUCGUACCGGCCUUUGGUGAGUGAGGCAUACGGUACCGACGAGCCAAAGGUGAAGAUCGAAUUCAACUGGGAAUCAUACGAUUAUGCGGAAGAGAAUCGGACGUCGCCUGCUCUGCCGCUAGACCCGGAAGUGUCGAAUUUAGACGUUCGAAUCCCAACGCCUGAGUGGUGGGGGAACAUCAGCACGGCUAGCAGCCUUCUGAUGUCACCUUGUGGCCUAGGCGCGACUAGGUCUUUGGACAACCUGGUCGGCGGUGGCCUGUGCCCUCAGCAGCAGCGAAAGGACGACCAUCCUUGGAAUGAAAACUUCCCGACCUUCGCGCUGGACGGCGAUGGUUUGCUGCUCGACUUUGACCCGUCCAGGAGCGAAAAUUUGCUCACGGAAACGCGCCGCUUCCAAGACUGUACCCUGUUCGAGUGA